AUGCCAGUGCCUCUGAGUGAGCCGACAUCGACAGCCCCAAUACCAGGAAUGAUAUCAAUCCAAGACUCAUUGAGUCUGCCAUCGGACAGCAGUCCAGUAAAUUCGAUGAGCGGUUUCGCUCAACCCAUUGAUCCCGGUUUGUCGGUGGAACAAGAGGUCGAAUUGCUGGGCUACUUUUUCAAAUACAUUCACCCCGCCAUCCCUCUGCUUAAGGAGACUGACUUUUACCACCGGUACAGCAUCGCCGCGGUAGAUCAUAACCUGGUGGUCACGCUGGUUGUACUCAGCGCCAAAAUCACCCGAGUCGCGCUUCUGUGCAACCAGGCCCACCUGGACUAUUGCCUGGAAAAAUUAUUGGAUUUGGACUACAAUACCAACGAUCACCUAGGAGGUCUCGGGUCGCUGGAUAAUUUUCAACGUGCAUGCCUUCUCGCUUACUAUGAAUUCCACCAGCGACCUGGGCCACGGGCGUGGAUGAGAAUUGGCCAACUAUCCCGCCAAGCGUACCAAUGUGGUCUACACCAGAUUGAUAACCCCAACAAUCCCUUGUCCUCGAUCAUUUCGGACCCUUCGGUUCUGGAACAAUGGAGGUAUGUCUGGUGGUGCAUAUACUGUCUGGACUCGUACUCCAAUAUCAGUGCCUCGACUCCCUUUGUUAUCGAGUUGAGCAGUAUCCAGACGGCCCUGGUCAAUUCUCCCUUGACUGCCUCGGCAUUUGAUCGAGAUGCUCCGGAUGAUCUUGUCUUUCUCUCCGACGAACCCGACUCACUCUGGAAGACCCUCAAGGAGGUUAUUCCACGACCUCAGACCCUCAACUUCAACACACACAUCAUCACGACCACGAUUCUCAGGGAAGCGGGGGCGCUGUUCCGAUUGUCUCGGCAGAGUGCUUCCAAAGGACUCAGUCGUCGCCUUGUGGCCCUCGAGCAACAUCUCUCGAUGAUACAAUCUUGCAUGCCUCCGGGAUAUCUUGACCCGGCGAGAAACGCCGCCAACAAUGAAUCGGGCGUCGAUCAUCACGCCCGGCUGGUCUGCCUCCUUCAAUACCACUUUGCCCGUAUUCUUACAUCCACCUCAUUGUAUAUAGAUAAAGCAAAGCCACAUCGAUUACUCCGGUGGCGCCAGGUCAUGGAAGAUUGCCAGGAUGUGAUUACAACCAUUAGUCACUGGGAUGCCCAGUACUGUUCGACGGUUGAUCCCGCGAUAUGCUUUAUUGCAUAUACCACGUUGAGUUUAAUAUGUCACUUCCAGGUCAGUGACCUUGCCGUUGGGAUUGGUCCGCAGGGACAAUUGGAAGCACAGAAAUUUGUCUUAUUGCAAUUUCUGCAGAAUUUCGCCUGUAUAUGGGCCUUGCCUCAAACCCUGAUUGCACUGUAUCAGCAAAACUCCGAAAGGAUUCCACGCGUUCAGUCCCUCAGUGAAAUUGAUCGUCUCUUAGACCGAUCUCGAGCUCCGUACGAGUCUCUGCCAUCGAUCGCAAGCUCCAUUCUCGGUCAAACUCAUCAUUCUCCUCCUCCGGCUUUCCCAACGACGAGCCAAUUAGCGCCCGUGGGCGGAAAUGGGACGAUGGACCAUAUGACGCUGUUUGACAGUAGUUUUGAUCCCAGUUUGAUAGCUCAAGCUCAGAAACCGCGCUCGCAAAGUAAUGGAGGAUCGCAAUUAUGGAAUUCUAUAUUUGAAUUCCAAUGA